UUGACAUUUCCAUAGAUUUCAAAAAGUUUAUUGGUUGUGUUUUGACAUACAUCAUAUGUUUUUAUUUAUAUUUUAAUUUUGUAUGCUUGACAAUAACUGAAUCUUAAUCAGAAUUUUAUCAUUCUGAAUGAUUCAUGCUGUAAAUAGCGAAAAUUAAUAUAUGAUAUAAAGAAGAAACUGUAUCAAAAAUAAAUUUAAAUUAUCAAGGAUAUUCUGACAGAUAGAGGGGUUAAAUGGAUGACUCUGAUUCUGAAGGGGUAGUACCUGAAAUAGAAGGUUGUUCAUAUGAAUAUUUUUAUAAAUAUCACCUUGAGAGAAACCUACCAUGUAUUAUAAAAGGAGUGGGACGAAAUUGGAAAGCUACGAAACUAUGGGCUAACGAUAACAAACCAAAUUUUAAGUAUCUUAGAAGUGAAUAUGCGGAGUCAGUAGUCACUGUUUAUAAUUGUAAAGAAAAGUAUUUCAAUUCACACCCAACUUCAGAAAUGAAAUUCGAAGAUUAUUUGAAUUAUUGGCAGAAAUAUAGCAAAGCGGAGGAUAAAUCUGGAAUGGAGUUAUUGUAUCUGAAGGAUUGGCAUAUGAAAAAUGAGAAUAAAAAUGAUGAUUUUUAUGAAGUACCACUAUAUUUUUCUUCUGAUUGGUUGAAUGAGUAUUUAGUAGCUGUGGGGAAGGAUGAUUAUAGAUUUGUUUAUAUGGGACCUCUCGGGUCAUGGACUCCAUUACAUAAAGACGUGAUGAACACUUUCAGUUGGUCAGUGAAUAUUUGCGGCUAUAAAAAGUGGCUUUUACUUCAUCCUGGCGAAGAAAAAAAGUUGAUGGAUAAAUCUGGAAAACUUCCUCUUAGUGUUGAUAAUCUACCUGAAGAUAUUAGACAUUGCUACAUAAUACAACAACCAGGCGAUGCUAUUUUUGUUCCUUCAGGGUGGUAUCAUCAAGUAUGGAAUUUAAAAGAUACCAUAUCUAUCAAUCACAAUUGGAUCAACGUUACUAGUAUAUCAAGAAUGGAAAAUUCACUCGGCAUAGGCCUCCAAGAUGUACAAAAGGAAAUAUCACACCUGUCGAAAGAAAACGAUUUUCAAGCACAGUGUGAGGCAAUAUUGAGGUGUGAUGUCGGGAUGAAUCAUGAAGAUUUCUUCGAAUUUAUCCGUUUUAUUACUUUGAGGAGGUUGAGAAAAUAUAACACACAACAACAAGAAACUGAACUUGAGAAUCAAAUGCUUAAGAGGGACAUUGAGGCUUGUCAAGAAUCACUUAUGCAAAUUUUCAAUCAUCUAAAUGAAACUCAAAUGGACGAAGCAAUGAAUAUGUGUCUUCAGAUGUCUACUAUAAUAUUCAAUAAGACGAGAUGAGUGUUGAGUAUUAUGCUAUUUAUUAAUAUUGAAUGAUGAAAUAUAUAUUUUUGUUGAAA